UACAAGUUGAAGCAAUUUGGCAACGUCGAAUUUGAUUUCGCGGAGUAGAUUGUCAUGUGGACCUUGCUGUUGUUGGCGUUUGUCGUUAAUGUCGCGUGUUUGUGCGUCUUCUUCAUCACUGGUGGUCUGGCAGUCUUGAUGGCCGAUGAUGCCGUCGUCGCUGACGUGCUGCUUGGGGUGUCUGGUCUCUUCAUGCUACUCACGUCAGUGACGUUUGCGUUGGCUGUCAAGGUAUGGGUGAGCUGGCACAACCAGAAGAUUGGGAAGAAACAACAUGAUGAAGUUGAUGCGGAUUCUGAGUUACACAGUUUUGUCAACAUUGUUGAUAAUAUCGCACACGAGUUGGAAUCUGAAGGACUGAAACCCAUAAAUUGGGAUGCAUUUAUUGUCUUGACUGUAGAUGGUCUGUUGUUUUGUGGAGCAUUUUACACUGUUUUCUGGGCUUUUCGAGAAAGAGAAUACUAUCUUUUGCAGGCCACCCAACAUCUACAGAUUACAGACUACAGUCUAAUUAAUGGAUUGGUAGCUAUAUUGACACCUUUCCUUCUGUUUGGUUCGUGCUUUUGUACUGCAGUGAUGUUUGAGCACUUGACAUACGGUCACUGCACAUUGAGAGCUAUAAUUCCGGUGCUUUUGAAGUGCGUCAAACUAAGAAAGUACAAGAAUGACCUUUAUUGGGAGCUGGAGGACAUGUUCUUUUACAAAAUUGUGAUGUCAAAAAACAGAAAGUCAUUGUGGCAUGUUGACAGGAAUGUCAGCUCAUGGCUGUUUUGGUUGGUCAUUAUUCUGUCACUUCAGCUGUGUUUCACGUAUUUCUUUGAUCAGGCAAUUGUUGAGUACAGAUACUCUCAAUUUUGCAUCAGGGGAUUCGACUGCUUUGUGCGUGAAAACACAACUGAAUCACUCUCAGAUUAUCAAUGUGACCAUCUCAUCGAUCUCUUUGGGAAGGGAGUUUAUUGCUUUCGGUUUAGGCAGUUACGUCAUCAUGAAGAUGUUAUGGGGACUCUGUCUAAAACCUUUGCUUUCUAUUUGUUUCUGAUGGCUCUUUUUCAAAAGAUCUUUAGUGUUGCAAAGUACCUGUUUUCACUGCGAAAGUGCAAAUGGUGGGGGAGCUUGUUUAUCAUUGCUGGGAUUGGAACUUGUGUGUGUGUUGUUGUUCUUGCUGCUGUGUGGAAUGAUCUGCUGCUCUUUGCGAAUGUUGUCAGUUACAUUCAGAUCAUUUAUGGAGCAUUGUUCUGCAGCAUUAUUGGAGUUUUGAUCUUGAAAAGUGGCGGGCGAAGUGAUUUCAGAAUUCCUUCUAAUUACGAUUUUAAUGCUCAGGAUAAAAGAAAGGUUGACCAACAGAAGAUGGUGAGUCAUAGUGGAGACAGUUCACAAGACCAAGAGCUUCAUCAAAGGAAAGCAGCAGGUCAUGAUGAUCACGAUGCAGGUGAUGGUGGUGUUAUCAACUCAACAACAGUGUAAUAGGUUACAUCAGCUAAUUGCCUUGCUGAGAAGGGUAGAUAUAUUUUACAAUAGAGAUGUAGGUAUCUAGCUUUGUCACCUCUAGAUUCGAUCAAAUGAAUAUGUUGCACUAUUUCUAUUAAAAUAGUUCUCAUUUGCAGCUCUAAAUUGAAUAAAAUUGUACU